UCCAAAAUCAUACUGUAUUCUAUAGUUUCAAGAAAAUGAAUUGCCACAACAGCUACCUACUAUGUUUGUUCUUCCUUGUCAUUCUAACAACCUUUGGAUUUUCCUUUGCAAAACAAGCAAACCCCACCUCAAAAAACCUUAAUUUUCAUCAAUUCUUGAAUUCAAUAUAUGAAUGGAGAAGUCAGCAACAAAAACAAUUAAUAGAUGCCAAUAAUAAUCUGAAACUUGGAACACCCACUGUGUUAGCAGGAAUUUUUUGUUUUAUUGCAGCUUCUAUUUCCAGUGCUGGUGGAAUUGGAGGUGGUGGACUAUAUGUACCUAUUUUAACCAUUGUUGCUGGUGUUGACCUUAAAACAGCCUCAAGUUUCUCUGCUUUCAUGGUAACGGGAGGCUCGAUAGCCAACGUUGUUUGCAGCAUGUUCUUACCAAGUCCCAAACAUGAUGGAAGAAUAUUGGUUGAUUUUGACAUAGCUUUACUCUCACAGCCAAGUAUUCUGUUAGGAGUCAGUAUUGGAGUAAUUUGCAAUCUUGUUUUCCCAGAAUGGCUCAUCACUAUUCUUUUUGCAAUAUUUCUUGCUUGGUGCACUUUCAAGACAUUUAAAUCAGGAGUUUAUUAUUGGAAAACUGAAUCCGAAGAAGUGAUGAGAAAAAGUUUGGGUGAAAUUGAGAAUUUUGAAGGAAUUGAGGGGCCUUUGUUGAAAAAAGAAGAAAAGGGAAUAAGGAGUAUACCAUGGAUGAAAAUGGGAGUAUUGAUUAUGAUUUGGUUUUCUUUCUUUUUCCUGUAUCUUCUUCGUGGAAAUCAAUAUGGACAAGGCAUGAUUCAAAUGGAGGCAUGUGGUUUGGUAUACUGGAUCAUUUCAUCAGUUCAAUUUCCUCUGGCGAUAAUUUUCACAUCAUGGAUCUUAUACAAGAGAGAAAAUAAGCAGAAUUUGCCUUCCAAUCAGAAGGACGUAGCCUGUGAAACUAAGAAUGGACCUUCAGGAAUGUUCAUAUUCCCCUUAAUGGCAUUGCUAGCAGGAAUUUUGGGUGGUGUAUUUGGAAUUGGUGGUGGAAUGCUUAUUAGUCCUCUUCUAAUUCAAGUUGGAAUAACACCUGAAAUAACAGCAGCAACUUGUUCAUUCAUGGUAUUUUUCUCCUCUACUAUGUCAGCAGUACAAUACUUAUUUCUAGGCAUGGAACAUGUCAAUACUGCCCUCAUCUUUGCACUUGUUUGUUUAAUUGCCUCACUUAUUGGAUUGGUGGUGGUACAAAGAGCCAUAGAACAUCAUGGGAGAGCAUCACUUAUUGUUUUCUCUGUUGGUAUUGUCAUGGCUUUAAGUACUGUUCUUAUUACAAGUUUUGGAGCUGUAGAUGUUUGGAGGGAUUACACUAGUGGCAAGUACAUGGGGUUCAAGUCCCCUUGUUGAAAAUAAGAAGAAAAAUAUUGAGAGUUGUACUCGUUUGAAGCGUUCCCUGAUUUUGCAUAUUUGUGCUCCAAUUAAUGAAUAUCAGUAGACGACAUAUGGAGAAUAUUUUUGGUUGAAUUGAAAAAGAGUAUUUGGAAGUAAGUGUGUUUGAACAUGAUUUUGAUUCGGAAAAAGAGUUUGUAGAAAUUGAAGAUUCGUAAGUGUUAGAGUUGUGCUAGUUGAAGCGUGCGCACUCCAGGAUUUGCGUAUUUGUGCUCUAAUUAAUUAACGAAUAUCAAUAGGCGUUGGACAAUAUUUGGUUGAAUUGGAAGAAAAAAAUGUAUUAGAAGUUGAAGUCGGAAAAAAGUAUUUGGAGUAUUGACUAUGUUUGGACAUGAUCUUCUUGGUAAAAGAGUUUAUAGAAAUUGGAGAUUUGUGAGUAAAAAAUACUAUUUCUCUUGAAAUGCUACUCAUAUACUUUCUUGAAAUAUCACACAAGUGGGAAAUACAUGGGAUUAAAGCCUCUUGUUGAAGUAUGCAGGGAAAUAAUAUUGAGAGUUGUGCUAGUUGAAGCGUGUUUCAGGUUUUGCAUAUUUGUGUUAGAAUUGACGAAUUUCGGUAUAGACGAUGAUUGGAUAGUAUUUGGUUGAAUUGAGGAAAAAGAGUACUUGAAGCUGAAGUUAAAAAAGAGUGUUUAGAGGUACUGACUAUGUUUGGACAUUAUAUUUACUUGAAAAAAGAAUUUGUAGAAUUGAAAAUAUGUGAGCGAGAACUAUUAUUUCUCUUGAAAUGUUGUUGUAAAUCAUUUACUCUCUUAAGAAUUUACUCAAGUCACCGGGGUCCUGUUGAAAUAAAUUAAUGACUCCAAAUCUUUUAUGGAGUUGUUAGUUGAGAAGAAAUUGGAUCAAGAAAUGAAGGAUCACAAUUGAAAAAUCAAGAAAGCAUGUCACUAGAUUAUGCUUAAUUAAAUGAGGACGUUAAACAUGAUGACCAUUUCUUUUAAAUUUUAAUCCUUAAUGUGAAUUGCAUGUUAGCAAAUAGAUAUAAAGAAAUAGUCAGUGGAGAAUAUGAUUAAGAACUUUCUAAUAGGGAUUGGAGCGGUUACUUUUUUUAAUGAACCUAUCUUAAGUGAAUUCAGAUCUAUCGUCUCAAUGGAUUUCUAAAAAAAGAAGUUAUUUCCUUAUUUAAAUUAAAAAACAAUAAAUAGCAGAGUGAUUUAAAAAACGGAACGUAUAAUCACUAUAGAGAUUGCCCAAAAUUUUAAAAUAACUGGUGCCGAAUAACAUUGCAUUGUAUAUUUUUCAAUGAAAUUUUUAACUACAUAUAUAGAGAUAGUGUGAAUGUUACUAUCUUACUUGAAUUUACCUAGAAGAUUGUCAAAAUAGAAUCAUCAAUGGCAUAAUAAAAAUAAAAAUAGACUCAACGUAGCAAAUGCCAAGAACCUAAAUACAGUAUCAACAUAGAGAAACUUGAAUUAAGUUGCUAAUUGCCGUCAAUAGCUAUAAAUUGAAGAAUUUUUUACUGGUUGUAGCUUCUCUUAAGACAUAUUUAUUAAUAAAAACUAUCCUUUAAUUUAAUUAUAAAUAAUAACUAAAAUACUUUUUAUAUUUACCACACAUAGCUAUAUCAGUAACUUUUAGUUACUGAGGCCAAAUACACACGUAAAACCCUCCCUCAUAUCCCCAAAUCCCACGUUUAACGGUUAGUCAAUUAAAUUCGCCAGAUUCUCUCUCUAGCAAUAUUAAUCCUUGCCUUUUUUUUCUCCACUACCUUUCUUCACGUUUCAUCAUCUUCUAACCAUUGUUGCGAAAAUUGGGGAAGUUGUAUUUGGAUAGAUUUUUACAUUCUAUUAGUGUAUUUUUGUUCGUAAUAACUUCCUGUUUUCAAAGAUUUUGAAGUGUAUUCAACUUCCAAUCAUUUCCUUUUUCUUCUCCAAUAUCUUCCUUCAUGAUUCUUCAUCUUCAAAUCAUUGUUGCAGAAAUUGGGGAAAGUUGUGUUUGGGUUUUUGAAGAACAUCCAUUAAUGGCAGAUGGAACAACACCUAAUAGGGCUACUCGAGCAAAAUAUGUAUAAAAUGGCUGCUGAAAGGCGUUCCAAGAAUAUUCAUGAUCCUCGAAGAGUUCAAAAUCCCCCAAUUGCAAAAUCUUCAAAGAAAAUAGAUUCGGCUACAGUCAUGAAGAGGAGAAAAACUACUGAUAUUGUUCCGGGCAGCAAGGGAAAACAAGUUGUAGAGGCUGAACCGGAAGAAAAGCAAUUACCUGCGAAGAAACAGGGAUUAUGGUGUCUUCGUGGCAGUGUAUGCUAAGUAUUUGAAAUCGGGUGAAAGGAUUCCAGAUGUCAUUGAUGCACACAUGUAGCGUAUGAGAUACGGUGCACUCUUAUGGGACUACGCUGAACGCAAGGUUGCUGACAAAGCCGAAAGUGAUAAUGAAGUUCCACCAAGACCGAUCAGGCCAGCAAUCGAUUACGACAAUGUAGAUGCAAUUGAUGUUUGAUAAAUACUAUUCGUGCAUUCGAUAUUUUUUGUCCUUUUUUUCAUUAGAGCAAACAAUCUGAUGUUUUUAGAUGUAUUUUGACUGAUGUUGGAUAAUUAUCAUUUAACCAAAGAAAUCUCAGGGGGUUUAUGUUCCA